UUCGCUACCGCAGCUGUCGUUGCGCACGCAGAGAGAGCGGAGAGGCGCGCUCCCUCUUGGAGUGGCUAUGUGGAGUCCGGCGCCGGCUUCUUCACACUGAUCGGCGACCACUGGGAGUCUUUUCCUUUCUCGACUUUAGAAAGCGGAAUGUCGUCGCUGCUUGUCUCGUUGAGGUCGGUUAUAGGAGAGCAGUGAAGACGCCGCUCAUUUACCAUGAGCUGUUUGGAUGUUAUGUACCCAGCCUAUGGACAUUACGCACCGUACGCACCGACUGCCCCGGCUUUCAUUAGUAGUUUGCAGGCUCCCACAGGUCUGAGCAGCGCUUCGCCUCACUGCCGGGAUUUUAUGGACACUCCCAGCGGUCCCGAAGGGAUGUCUGGGGGCCCGGGCGCUGGAGGAUCAACUUCCUCCUCAUCUUCAUCCAGCUCGUCUUCGUCCUCCUACACUCCCGCGACCUCGAGGCCGGAUGGAGGCCCCAAAGAGAAGCAGGAAGCCCCGGAGGCAGAGUACCUGACGUCCCGCUGCGUCCUCUUCACUUAUUACCAGGGCGACAUCAGCAGCGUGGUGGACGAGCACUUCUCCAGGGCCCUCAGCUCCUACAUGGACGGAGAGGGCAAACGGAGGGUGCCCGAUCAACAGGGAACAGAUACCCCUUCGCCCAGCAGUCGACGGAGUUUCCCCCCAUCCUUCUGGGACAGUAACUACCCCUCGCCGCAGAGCCGCUCCCACUGCGAGGCGGGUGCACCUUCUUAUUCCAUGGACCCAUACGCCUCGGGGCUCCACCCGGGCCUGCCGCACCCACACGCCCACCCUCACUCGCACGCUCACCCUCACUCGCACCCCCACCCCCCCGAGAGCUGGGGAUACCCUCAGGCGCAGGCCUACGGCCCGCCGCGGCCCCUCCACGAACUGUACUCGCCGUCGGCUCUGGAGCCGCACUACGGGCCGCUGCUCAUGCCCGCCGUCCGGCCGCCUCACCUUCCCACUCUGCCAAGCCACUACGAAGUCAGCAAGCUGGAGCCCGCCGCCUCGUGGCCCAGCCUGCUGCCGCCGGGAGACGUCAGCCAGACUUUGGCGCUCAACAUGGAUGCAGGCCUGCAACAGCACAAGAAAGGCAAGGAGCUGUACUGGUUCUAACGAGCCCUUCAGUCACACUGACCAGCCAUUACCAGAUCCAAUUAGUCCCUGGACCUGCUCUGCUAUUGAAGCCGUGUGUCCCUUUAUCCCUUCCCUCCUCCACACAGAACACACACACACACACACACACACAUAUACACACACACAUUGCAUCCCCAUCCAUCCACCCCCUUCUCUCUGCUCCUAGCCUCCCCUGCCAGUAUGCAGCCUUGCUCCAGGUCGACGUGUGUGCACCAUGGAGAUAAAGCAGAGGGAGAGAGAGAAAACGAGGGCGAGAGACAGAGGGUCCGGACUGUCUAUAAUCUGCGCUCCCUCUCUCAUCUCUCUCUCUCUCUCCCCGCUUCCUCUCCCGCCGCUGCCGGUGCGGCACAGACCUUGGCGAGGUGCGAGCCACGCUGACCUGUUUGGACCGAGAAAGACAGGAUCACAGCAGACUUUAGCGGAGGACAGAGAGAUAGAGGGAUGAAUGGAGGGGCAGAGGGAUGAAUAGCAUCGAGCAGGGAUUUCCUCCAACGUCCCUGGUUAUCUCUGUCUCACGCUCUGUGUUGGUACAGUGGUUGUCAUUAUCCACUUAUCUGCAUUUCACAAAUGCAACACGCAGCGAUAAACAAGAGCAGCAAUUAUUGGAGGUUUAUGCUUUGUGACUGUCAUCCAUGAGGCCUUUUUUUUUUCAUUAUUAUGUAAUAUUGCUCUCUGAAAUAAAGUGUUUCUAUUUAUUGGUGUUUAUGUGCAUUUCUAAAAUGUUUGGUUGGCCAGUGUUCUGAAAUGAUUGUGAUUCAGUUGAUUGUGUUUUCCAAACAGAGAGGUGACGGAGCCGUCGCGCGCCACGUGCGCGGGUCGAGCGACUCUUCCGUCUUUCUGUGCAGAGAAGCUUUUAAAUCGUCUCUCAGAAACAUAUCGUUCAAUUUCGUUCAACGGGACAUGAGCUCUGAAGUUGUACUUUCAAUCUGACGAUGUUCCAUUUUAGCUCUUGUUUUCGUCUGUCACUCUUAGACAUUUUGAAUUUGGACUUUCUUUCUUUUUUUUGCGGAUUUCUUGUGUGUCAUUUCUCAUUUUUGUGUCC